CACAAGCAGAACGGCCUACUCAAUGACCCACUGAGCAGAUUCAACCUCGAAUGUAAUUUGUAAACAUUUAAUCGUCACCUUGGCAUGGCAUAACAAGGUCCUUAUCGCACGAUCUUUGCCCAGGUGCCUGGGUAACGUAUCAGGGACAGGUUGGUCAUAAACUAACCGGCAAUGUUGCCGCUUCGCUCAAAAAUUCGGCUGGGAUCGGGGAACUUGAAGAAAACUUGUCAAAAAUUAAAAAGCGGUUCACUUUCACUUAGACAAGAACAUAAACAUAGGUUUCUCUUCACACGAACAGGAGUUUCAUCUGCCUGGAAUCAUGACGGGCGUGUUAGACAAGCCUCUACAUCUGCAGAGUCGUCCGUCGGUUUGCCAGACCAAGCAAGGGUGGUCAUAUGCGGGGGCGGGGUGAUAGGAACCUCGGUCGCCUACCAUUUGGCAGAGUUAGGAUGGUCAGAUGUUGUGUUAUUGGAGCAGGGGUCCCUGUCUUGCGGCACUACUUGGCACUCCUCAGGUGUUCUUAUCCAGUCUGUUGGUCACCCUGUGGUCAACAGGUCAAACAGUUACAGUUGUGAGCUGUAUAAAAAACUUCAGAAUGCUGGCCAUGCGCUAGCCAGUCUUCCAACUGACUGGCAGGUACACGGCCCUGCCCUUCUACUGACUUCUCCUCGCCCCUUGGAGAGUCGUCUGUUCCACAGGCAAGUACACGGCCCUGCCUUCCAUCCGAUCCCUCAUACUCACCUUCGCCACGGUCGGCAAGCAGUGCUCGCCGGAGCUGUGGCGGUAGAGAAGCUAGAACCUCCAGAAGGUGGUUCAGCAUCUCAAGUUCUUAGUCCUUAA